AUGAACAAGGCAAUGUGGCUGGCUUUGGCUCUGGCUUUGACCGCCUUACUUGCUCCGGCGUCGGAGGCUGCGAUGUCCUGCAACACGGUGCAGAACGCCCUGUACCCGUGCGUCAGCUACGUGCUUUACGGUGGGGCUGUGGUCCCGCCGGCCUGUUGCCAGGGCAUAAAGGGGCUUUACAAGCAGGCAAGCGCCACGGCCGACCGCCAGGCUGUCUGCUCCUGCCUCAAAUCGGUGGCCCAAAGUGCCCCACAGGCCGCCAUUGCAAACGCCGCCGCCCUCCCCGGAAAAUGCGGUGUCACCAUUCCCUAUAAGAUCAGCCCCUCCACCAACUGCGCCAAUGUUCGCUGA